AUGCUGACACACUUGAUCAAGAAGAGCCCAUUUGUCACAAGAAGAUCCUUUCAUAACAUCAUUGGCUCUUGGUCAGAAUCACCUUCAGCACAAGCACUCAUUCCUAUGGUCAUUGAACAAACAGGACGAGGUGAACGAUCGUUUGACAUCUUUUCGAGAUUAUUAAAAGAACGCAUCAUUUGCUUAAAUGGACCUGUUACUGAUAAUGUAGCUUCUGUCAUUGUUGCUCAACUCUUGUUUUUGGAGGCAGAGAACCCUGAAAAGCAGAUCAGUUUGUAUAUCAAUUCACCAGGUGGAAGUGUUACUGCGGGUAUGGCUAUUUAUGAUACAUAUAUUCAAUCUCCUGUCUCUACAUUAUGUAAUGGUCAAGCAUGCUCAAUGGGAUCACUUUUACUCACCGCAGGUGAGGCUGGUAAACGUUUUGCUCUACCUAAUGCUUCCAUCAUGAUUCAUCAACCCUCAGGUGGAGCUGCUGGUCAAGCUUCGGAUAUUGCUAUUCAUGCACGUGAAAUACUCCGAGUAAGAGAAAGGUUAAACAGAAUAUACCAAAAACACACUGGUAUUCGUGAACUUGAGACGAUAGAGAAAAUGAUGGAGCGCGACUAUUUCAUGACAGCUGAAGAAGCCGUCAAUUUCGGUUUGAUUGACAAAGUUCUCGAAAAGCGUAUUACACCAGAUUCGAAACCAGAUGAUAAUAAAAAAUAA